GGGUUCUCCAUUUCUCUCUCUCUUCAGCCCGUCGCCAGGUCGCCAUUUUCUUUGCAAUUUCACAGAAGCGAUGCGGUUCGCCAAAGUCAACAAAUACCGCAACGCAGUCGCCACGGUCACUGGUCGCGAGACGUGGUACAGCGAGCUAUCGUUGGACGCCUCCGCCUCCUUAGGGUCAAAUGGGCUGGCUAUCAGCGACGAUUCGUUGUACCUAAAGACCGUCAGCGGAAAUGCACUGCAGGCUGGCAAGGUCGGCGGACAGGUCAAGGUGCUGUCUAGCACGGGCGGUCGGGUCCAGGACUGGAAUGUGUCUGGCUUCGAAGAUGGGCUGGCAAUUGCUGGCGACGACCAGGGCACCGUGACGCUGUGGAAGGACCAUGCCGCUGCAGGUGCCUUCAGCGCACACUCAUCCGGAUGCGUCAAUGCCACGUUCCAUCCGACUGUGGCAGGACUAAUCGCAACCAGCAGUAGCACCGAAAUCAAGCUGUGGAACAGCUUGGCGCCUGUGUGGGAGUCGGCUAGUGAUGGCCAGAUUGACUCAAUCUCGGUGCGCGGCGACGGCCAGCUAGUAGCAGCCAGCACGCAUGUGGGCUCGAGCGUGCUGUUUGACCUGCGUCAGAAGCAGUCUGUUGGCUCGACAGCAGCAUUCCACGCAUCGGGCCGUUCCACGCGUGUGCUGUGGCUAGGCGACAAGCCGUUUUUCAUGUCGACCGGUCAGACUCGUAUGCGCGAGCGGUCGGCCGCCAUCUGGGACCAGCGCAAUCUGGCCAAGCCGAUCACCUCGAUGCAGCUGCAACCGUCAACAAAACCGCUGAUCCCGCUCUACGACGAGGACACGCAGCUUGCCUACUUGGCCGAGAAGGGCGAUAACAUUGUUCGCUGGGUCGAUGCCGAUCCCUCAGCUGCCAAACCGUUGACUGAAUUUGGUGCUGUGGCCCUGCCAUCGCAGAUUUCGGGCUGCCAAUGGACUGGCGAGAUUGCUAGGCUGAUGGUUGUGCUGGAGAACGCUGGUGCUGGAUCGGGCUCGGCUGUUGUUCCUGUGACGCACAUUGCACCACGUCGCACGUAUCUGGACUUCCACAGCGAUUUGUUCCCGGAUACCCGUGCCCCGCUGCCUGCGCAGACCUUUGAUGAGUGGCUGAAGAACGAGCCGUUCUCAGUGCCCAGGAUCCAAGGAGCAACGGUGUUGGAAUCGGCUCCUGUCAAGCCAGUUACACCACCACCGGCAGCAGCUGCAGUGGUGUCUGCCAAGUCGUCCCCGCUGGCGGACACACCAGCAGUCGUGUCCGCGCCUAAUCCUGCCAUUCCCGCCCUGCUCCCGCUGCAGCUCAGGCUCCGGUGGCCUCAAGCACAUCGCCGCUGUCCGCCUGCAACCACCACCGAGCCAUGUGGUGGUGAUCUGCCACACGAGCAGCAGCAAUCCCCAAAGGUAGCCUCUCCUCCGCCACGCGCUCCUGACCACGCACGAUUCAAGUACCUGGAGGGGUACAUGUACAAGCCGACCGAGCACUUCACACAGAUCCACGACGUCAACCUGCGGUUCCCGCCCGAGAACGAUGCGCUCAAGGUCAGCCCCAAGUAUAUCGCUAUUGCACUAACUGGCGCCGGUGGCCAGGUCGGCAUUGUACGGCGUGACACACCGGGCCGCGUGCCGGCCAAGAUGGCCACUGUCGUCCAUGGCGCCACUGUCACUGACAUUGCGUUCGACCCGUUCAACCCGUCAGUGAUUGCGACGGCGGGCGCCGACUCGACACUGCAGAUGUGGCAAAUCCCUGACAUGCCGCUGACGGAGGAGGCGCAUUUUGAUAUCGAAGAGUAUAUCCACAUUGCUGCCGACCGGAUCCACCAGAUCCGGUUCCAUCCAUGCGCCAAGGGGGUGGUCUCGGUGCUGGCUACGGACGCUGGCGAUAGCGUUAUCUAUGUGUACAAUGGCCUGAUGCUUCAUUUCAUCGUUGGCAAGACUGCCGAGGGCAUCCACUCGUUUGCCUGGUCGCCCGAUGGCGAGUCUAUUGCGCUGACAACCAAGAAGACCAAGAAGCUGCGUGUCUAUGAUGUGCGUACAAGCGAGCUGGUCGCCGAGGGCCCAUCAAUGGACAGCAUCCGUCCGUGCCGCAUCGAGUGGCUCGACAACGAGCGCAUUUGUCUUGCUGGCUUUGGAAUCGGCAGUCAGCGCAUGGUCUCGAUCCACAACAUCGCUGAUCUACUAUUGAUGUUGGGACCAGGCAUCCUGGUCCCAAUUUUUGAUCCCGACUGCGGCGUGCUGUAUCUCGAUGACCGUGGCAGCCGGCUGACGCACGCGUUCGAGGUCCUGGGCGACAAGCUCGUCGACCUGCCAAAGUACGAGUCCUCGCAACCCAGCCUGUGCUUGGCAGUUCUGCCCAAGAGGCAUGCAGAUGUGGCAAAAAGGGAGCUGCUGCGUACGUACCGCCUCAAUGCCCAGACGAUAGAGUCCAUGGGCUUCAAGGUGCCGCGCAAGCGGCCUGAAUUCUUCCAGGACGACAUUUUCCCGCCCACCGUCGAUCGUGAGACCCCGUCGAUUGAUGCUGCGUCAUGGGUCGACGGUACCAAGGCUGAGCCACAGUACAUUGACCUGUGCCCAUCAGGAAUGGUACCGCUGUCGCAGGCGCCGCCUGAAAUCCAGGAGGAAGAGGAGGACAACACCAAGGACGCUAUCUCGGCCAUGCUGAGCCGCGUUGACUCUGAUUGGGACGACUAGAUUUAAUUGGACAUUUCUUAAUAGACUUCGGGAGGAGCGUGCAGUGCUUCUCGUAAAACUGCUACUGCCGGUAUAACAUG